UAUGUAUCAAAUCAGGAAGUUGGAGAUCCCGGUAGUUCCCCUUAACUUUAGAGAACUAUUAUAGUUCGAGCUUCGCCAUCGCAUGUUUAUGAACGCCUAUAACAUAAAUACUCAUUUCAUUCUUUUCCCGUCUUUGACGUGGAAUCGCAGUCAUAUUUUUCUUACCGGAACUAGUUGAAAACUCGAGAGGUGAAAAACAGAACAGGAGGAUGGAGGUUACUCACCUGACGGAGGACGAAAUGGCCGAUAUAAAGAAGGAAGCCAUAGACCGGUUACGACCAUACCUGGUGGAUAAGAUCAUCGCGGAGCGGCACUUCGAUUACCUGCGCUCUAAGAAGAUCCUGACCAGAGAGGACACGGAGGAGAUCAGCUGCAGGACCACGAGAGGGAGACGCACCAGCAAACUGCUGGAUAUCCUCGCAGAAAACCCACGGGGUUUAGACAUGCUGAUCGAGUCCAUCAAGUGGGGCCGCACACUCAACUUCAUCAUUGCAAAGAUCACAGAUGAGGUGCAGCGCGUGAAAAAUGAGCGACUAGAAGCUUUAAAAGGCUCCUCGGCCAAUUCGGCAUAUUCAAGCACAAAAAACGCAACCAAUGACUUCUCCAAACUGGACUUGGACUAUGACAAGUACUCCACUAUAUGUUACCAUCCUGAAGGAGAAGCAAGUACGUCCGCCUCAGUCGCUACAGGAUCCUUUAACCUACGCUACGGGUCGGGUCGAGGGAACGAGGGUCUGUCGGGCUGUGGAGGCAGCGGGAGCAUGAACGUGUCUUCCACAACGUCAUCCAGCCUUCCUAAACCUGGAGACCCUGGAGCUCCAGCGCUGCCGGAGGAGCUGGACAUGGAGGAUCCGGACGCUGCUGUAUGUGGAAGUGCAGGGAGCAGCGGGGACGCCAACUUCCAGCCGCUGCGCUCGCGUUGUUUAACUCCACACAUGUCCUAGCGUAACCCUUCAACACAAUCUCUGUGUGAGAUUCAGAACAUUUCCAAACCAUUAGUCUAUGUCUUUCUCCAAUCAAAGCACAUUCUGCUGCUUGUUAAAUUUGCUUAAUUAAAAUAAGUUAAAGUAACACAAUUGCUGAACAUUUGGUUUCCGCUUAACUCUUUCCUCGCCAUUGACGAGUUUUUCUGUGUUUUCACUGUUAUACGGUAGGGGGCGCUGUUACAGAUCUUCUGAAAUAGUACAGCAUCUCCAGAUCCAAAAACAAUCAAAGAAAAAGAGCGGAUAGAAGUUGUUUACACACAUGGAAGCUAACAUGAUCAUAUAAUCCAAACUGACUAACGUUACUGAAUAAACUGUCGAACCCAUGAAGAGGAAACGGCUUUGGGGUGAUGAUGGGCUCGAUCUACUACAGCUAUGGACGAAAACAUGAUUUUCUCAGCUUUUUGUUUCGAAAAUGCAUAUUUUUAAUGAAACUUUCCCACAUUCAAGUGUUGAUAAUAAUGAAUGAAGCUAGAAUAAAAUGUUUUUGUUGUUGUUUAAAA